UGAUACCAGUCGAUAAAUGGCUGCGUGCGUCACUUCGCUGCGCAAUCAAGCACGGAAAUAACUAACAGCUGUUCUACAAUAUUCGGUCGGGCAACUCAGGUAGCAGCUGUAUACAGAGUAGCACGCAGCAGUUUUCCUUGGAAGCACGAUUGUUUGGACGUUGAAUUGUGGCAAUCUCAUUGUUAUAUUUCACUUUGCUUUGUGGACAUUUCCAAUUUUCGAAGUUGAAAGUCGUUGUUCGUUUUAGUGCUGGCGUUUACAGUGCGCGAAUUGUGAGUUCCUGGCGAUAUGUUUACGAAAAUUCAUACGUUGUUAUUGUGAUUUGAGACCAGUGGAAAUGCCUCGUGAAUACGUGGAUCGCGAGGAGAGCCCCACAGUGUUAUGUCAAUAGAAUCUCUAAAUAGAUAGAAGUUUUAAUUUUGUCGCUGUAGGAUAGGUCAUAAUAAUGUCUAAUACGGUACCAACCAGUUCUGCUCUGAGGGCUUUGGCCUUAGAGUACAAGAGUUUGCAAGAGGAGCCUGUGGAAGGUUUCAGAGUGAAAUUAUUGGGUGAGGACAAUUUGUUCGAGUGGGAAGUUGCAAUAUUCGGACCGCCAGAUACUCUAUACCAAGGCGGAUAUUUCAAGGCACACAUGAAAUUCCCUCCAGACUAUCCAUAUUCACCACCCACAAUUAGGUUUUUAACUAAAGUAUGGCAUCCAAAUGUAUAUGAGAAUGGUGAUCUCUGCAUAUCGAUCCUACAUCCGCCGGUGGACGACCCCCAGUCGGGCGAGCUGCCGUGUGAGCGUUGGAACCCAACACAGUCAGUUCGUACGGUCCUCCUGUCCGUGAUCUCACUGCUCAACGAACCCAACACCUACAGCCCGGCGAAUGUGGACGCCAGUGUUAUGUACCGUCGUUGGAGGGACUCCAAGGGCAAAGACAAGGAAUAUGAAAAUAUUAUAAGGAAACAAGCUCAAGUGGCGCGCGUUGAUGCAGAAAAGGAAGGAAUAGUAGUACCUCUUACAUUAGAAGAUUAUUGCAUUAAGACAGUUAAGUCAACACAAGAACCUCAAGCAUCCAAAGGUCUCCGUGUGUGUACAGGGCAUCUAACGUGGGGACCAACGACAAGCCAAAACAAGCUCGAUAUGACUGACUUCUAUGACGACGAUUACGACGACCUCGACACGGACUCCGAGGGCGAGCACGAGGGUGGUGAGGACGCUGACGACAGCGGCAACGGCGAGUCGUGAUACGUCUUGAUCUCACACGACGAACGGACAACCAGACGUAUAUAACACAUAUUGGAAUAUCGGAUAGAAGCGGAGUUGCGUUGCGGAAAUCCAUGAGAAUAUAUACACUUCUUCCGCUCAAAAGUCUGCAAUACACCCACACAGAAUUUUGGAUGAACUAUGUGAAACUAAAUAAAUAGGUACAUCAUUUAUUUCAUUAUUUAGAUACGUUUAGUAUUUUGAUUUUAUAUUUCAUAAGUAUUAAAUAAAAACACUAAGUAUCUAAAUCGGUCGAAUCGCAUAGCACCAAUGUACACCGCUGAUGUACGUGCCGCGUCUCUGAAGUAGCCGACACCCGUCUUUCGGCAUUAUUUGGCGCGGCGCGGCGGGUGCUUUUAAAGCAAGCAAACUUUUGAGUGGAAGAACUUAUACAAUUAACAUAAAGUUUAAUUUGCUAUAAUCCGCGACAACCGGAAAUAUCUUUAGCUUUAAUAUUUUUUUGUAGGCAGCACCUAAAAGAUCAUCCGGCAUACGUUCUGACGUGCUUAUAACAUACAGCCUGGCUCUGAAUAUGUUGGCUCAUUCCCUCGCCCAAGUAGGCCAUGCUCCAUACUAGAAAAAUCAAAGCCCUGUGUCCGGCUGUUGCAAGUUAUAGCAAAUUAAGCAUAAUAUUGAUUGGUAAAUUGAAGUUAGACCCUGAUCGGGGGCGAAUCGCUUGACUAGUUCAGAAACAUAUGUAUUAAUUGACGUAAGCAAUAUCGUAGCAUUUUGUAUUUUAGAUAUUAUAAACCCAGAUUUACAUUGGGCUAGUUAGGCCCUGUACUUUUGGGUGCAACUUACUGAAUUUAGCUCAGUAAACAGCAGUGGUUUUUUAAGCUAACAACUUGUACGUAGAUUGCGUUAAUGCGCUUUAAAUAGUCUGUUCGGUCGAGUCCACUUUGGUACAGGGAACUUUUAUGUCCUCUUUGUUAGGUAAUACAGUUCAGUGGGCUUUUCAUAUUUCAUACCUUGACGACUCUAAAAUAAGUCAUAUAGUCCAUCUUUAAAACAAAACUAAAUAUAAAGCCUAUAAUCUUAAAAGAAAAGUAUCAACAAUUUCAAAAUAAUACUGCUUUGAGAGAUUGUGGUAGGGCUGAUGUAUUACCUAAGAGGUUUUUAGAGCAAGAAUAAUACCCACAACGCUCUUCCUACGUAGUUGGCGGUUUUUAACGGUUAUUUUGUCAUGUUAGUGAUGAUAACAAUCCAGUAUGUGCUCUAUUAUUGUAGGAUAAAAAGUAAUCUUACUUUUCAAACCACUCUCUGCGCAGGAACAAACAGACCGACAAAUUUAGACAAGUAAGCGUAGGCUCAGUCCUAAUUACAGUUACUGACGUUGUGUAAAUCGGCUUUGACGCUGUCGUCAAAAAUGUAAACUGCAAAUUUGACUAUGCUAUUAGUAUUAUAAUAUAGAUGAACAGUUGAUAGAAGCAGGCGUUACUUUGCGGAAUUCCAUGAUAUACAAUGAAUAUAAA